AUCACGCAUAUACUUUAUUUUUAAUAACAGACCCCCAAAAAAAGAGAAAUCUUUCCUCCCUGAACUCUGUCUGCGAGGCGUGUAGUGACUGACAGGGUUUCAUCAGACAGCGGUGACGUUGUGGUCAACUGUUGCCACGGUUACAGUGAUGUGGAGGCAGCAGUGACAGCGCGGCACUCGGCGGUGAACUUUGCUCCCGCGUGUCGCCUUUAGGACCCGAAUGCCUGUAUAUAUCCACUCAGCCACGAGCAGCACAGCACACACGAUCAGCAGGCAUCCACACAGGUGAGCGGGCGGCGGGGCGAGCUUCCUCCUCAGGUGACAUCUCAUCAACAACAACUAACGAGCUCAUCGCGUGUUUCUCCUCAGCCGCAGUCAUGAAAGUCCUCGUGAUCCUCGUCCUCGCCGUCUUCACCGCCGCUUGCGAUGCCAACAUCGUGCGGCAGCACCCGCCCAAGAGCCAGGUGGAUAUGGUGAAGGACGCUUUCUGGGCCUACGUCGCCGAGGCAACCACCACCGCCGAGGUCUCCCUGAAGCAGAUCAGGCAGUCCGAGCUGGGACAGGAAGUGAACACCCUCAUCUCCGAGAGCACCGACGCCGUCAACAAGCUCACCGACGCUCUCCGGACUCAGGUGGCUCCCCUGACCCAGGACCUCAUGACGAAGUUUACCCAGGAGGCCGAGCUGCUGAAGACCCGCCUGGAGAAGGACCUGACGGCCGCGAGCGCCACCCUGAGGCCCUACGCCGAGGAGCUGGUGGCCGAGCUCCAGAAGCAGGUGGAGGCGCUGAGGACGGAGGCCGCCCCCUACGCCGACACCAUGGACACCGAGGCCCUGAAGGCCGUCCUGCUGCAGAAGAGCCAGGAGCUGAGGGGCCAUCUGGACAAGAGCAUCGUCCAGCUGCGGGCCCAGAUGGUGCCCUACACCGAGGAGAUUAAGGAGAAGAUGGAGCAGAGCGUGGAGGAGUUCCAGAGGAGCAUGCUCCCCCUGACCCAGAGCUUCGAGACCCAGCUGAACCAGCAGACCCAGCAGAUCCAGCAGAACCUGGCUCAGAGAGGAGAGGAGCUGAGGACCAAGCUGGACGCCGAGAGCCAGAACCUGAAGAAGCAGCUGACCGCUCUGUGGGAGUCCUUCACCAAGAUGAGCCAGUAGACGGAUGUCUCGGAGCUCGAGGGACUCAACGAAGUGCAAUGCCUCGUUUUCUGAUUCUGGUGUCAUUAUUUCCUCCAUCGUGUAACUGUCAGUGUUCAUCUGUGAAACAACAAUAAACGGGUGGAGCGUGA